AUGUACGCAGACAUCAGCAAACUUCCGGCUCCACUUCCCCAGUCCGAUCUGGAGACGGUGGCGAGUGGAAUUUCACUACUGCCACCUCUCUCCCGCCGUGGCGUUGGACCGGGCGUCAUUCUUCUGGUCCCAUCAAUCGACAAAGCGCUAGCAAUCGAGGAGGGCGUGCCCUCACUGCCGCUGAAAUGGGCUGAAGAGGGUUACACAGUGAUUGUGAUUCAACCAGCAGCCUUCGAGAAUGGUGUUCGCGAGACUCUCGAUCUCGUAAUGAAAACGUUUCAAAAAAGCGAUAAAUGCAAACCAAAAGAUGUGGUUGGCCUUGUUGCAUACGAACCAGAAAUGUGGAACAUGGUUGCGUCGAUCCUAUCUGACUUCUCGGAGAUUGUGAGCACCGUGGUCUACGCCGAUAACUCAGAAAAGUCAUCAGUGUCUAGCAGCCCUGUACCCGCAGCCUAUCACUUUGCUGGAAAAUCUGAGGGACAACCUUUGCGGUCAAAGGGCCGAACAGAGUACUUUUACUCGGCAGCAAAGUCCUUCAAGUUUGCAAUUCCGUUCCAGCCGCACUUCGACUACAACAUGGAAAUGCUCUCAUACACUCGCAAUCUCACUCUUUUGAAAGGCGAAAUGAAGACUCCCAUCUUUGACUUGGAGGCCAUUUGGGACGAACAUACUUGGUAUGAGUUCGCGGAUAGGUCUGUGGAGCAUACUAUGAGCACAAUGGUACAAGAACCAUACGUGAACCAUAUCCCAACCCUCACUGGCGGCGUUGGUCGAGUCAAGCUUACCGACUUUUAUCGUCACAAUUUCAUCUUCAAUAACUCGGCAGACACGGAACUAGAGCUAAUCAGUCGAACCAUCGGAAUCGAUCGCGUCGUUGAUGAGUUCAUUUUCAAGUUCACUCACGACCAGGAGCUUGAUUGGCUACUCCCGGGUGUUCCACCAACCAACAAAUACGCUGAAAUUCCGUUCGCAGCGGUUGUAAACAUCCGAGGUGAUCGCCUGUAUCACGAGCAUAUCACAUGGGAUCAAGGGACAGCAUUGGCUCAAUUAGGCCUCCUCCCGGAAUACCUCCCAUUCCCAGGAGGUGAUCUUCAGUACAGAGUUCCUGUAGCGGGUGUGGAGACAGCGAUGAAGUUGAGAGCAAGAAACUCUGUUCCGUCGAAUGAAAUGUUCAAAUUCACAACUCGCUCUGCAGUAGACAGCGAGGGGGUAACUCGAGGAAAUUUGGUUGCGGCUGUAAGCGAGAACGGCGUAGAACCAGUAACAAAUUGA